AUGUGACGCACGAGUCAAGUGUUCCUUUUGACUUCGAAGAGGAAUUGAGGGGAAGGUCAGCUAAACAGGAACAUAUAUGUUCAUAUGUCCCACGUGGCGGGUGCCUGUAUGUUCUGCCCAGUGGUUACAACCUGACCGACGCCCUUCUUCUUUCAAGAAGUCAGAUUGUCAUGUCAGCCGCGGCACAACGGGGGACGCUGGCACCACUUCCGGAAUAUCACCGCCGCGGGUUGAUUUUACUGGCAUAUCGGAAAACUCGCCCAGACCCCAGGCAACGAAGUACACGACCGCAAGAUGCCGAUAUUACCGAUCUACCGGACCUUUCUCUUGGGCUGGAUGCCCCUUGCGCAGGUGCUAGCGGAUUUGCCCGGAUUGAGGAGCUCGAUAGACUAGCAGCGUCACAAGAGCAAGCGGCAGAGGCUGCUAGUGCUACUGGGGAUGGAGAAGAGCAAGGGGCUGAGAGAGCUCGCAAUCCUUUCCCCAUUCUCAUUUAUAAUCUCCUGCUAGCAGAUAUGAUGGAGGCUGUUGCCUACGCACUCAGUAUAUCCUGGGUCUCAGCUGACGGCAUCUUUGCACCUUCGUCAGUCUGCUGGGCUCAGGGCUGGCUGGGGUCGACCAGUAACUUAGCAGCAAGCCUGUUUCUAGCGGUCAUUUCGAUCAACACCUUUUUGACAGUGGGCUUGGGUUACAAGCCACCACCAUGGACCAUUUAUACUUCGAUAGGGUUUCUCUGGAUAUUCGACUUUGGUAUCAAUGGAGCAGGCGUAAUAUUUUCGGAGAUCCACCCAGCAGUUCCUCAGGAGUCUUUUUUCAUGCGGGCCAAUGUCUGCGAAGCUUCCGAAUCAGGGUUCGAACCCGGUCAUAGCCUGGAAGUUCGACGGCCCUCAGGCUACCACCCGGCCUUUCUUGCAUACCCUUUCGUAUACGUCGCAUGCAGCACACCUUUAAUCAUCGGCCGCAUUGCUUCUCUACUGGGAAUUGACCUUGGAAUAUUAUAUUUUGCCUUCGCCGGGUCCAUCUUGGCUGCAAACGGGCUCUUCAACUCAAUAUUAUGGAUAACAACCAUUGUGUUUAGCGAGCCACAAGACGCACAUAAUACAGGCUUGGAUCAGUUCGCCUUUGUCAGAACACCAAUACGAGAUUAUGGACACACUGUAAUCAUUAGCGGCCCUGUUAGUAGAAGAGUGCCUGAGCCAAGUAUCGUUCCUAGCAGCGGUCGCAAGGAAUGGUGGUGGUGGAAACAUGGUGGGCAGAGAGGCUGGGGAAGAUCGUACGCCAACAUGCACGAGACACCUAGGGUGAGCGCGGUUGAAGUGCACGAUCGUACAUUACCAGUCAUUGUGGAAGGUCCGUAUAUCCAGAUGGAUAUCGUCACAGCCGUUACCAUUGAGCAAGCGGAGAUCCAACCGAUACCCCUGGGCAGGCAUCAAGAAACCUACCCACCAAAAUAG